ACAUUUUUAUAUAUACGUUUUUUAUUUUGGAUUAAUUCCUGGCUUAUUUUGGGGGGAUUUGCGUGUAUCCUUUUGUACUGCAAGGUUUUACUGUAUGGAAGGAACAUGCACUGUUGGCGCUAGGAACAUAAGCGCGAUAACAACUGCAAAAUACGUGUACGCGGUUCGCGACCAAAAUGUUCUCGUCGGAUUUGUUUGUCUCCAAAUAGUUCACUCUGCCACUUCUCGCGAUGUUAGAGAGAGGACGUGCUUCCGGGUGAGGCACACAGAUCACCGCGUGGAACACAUUCCCGUUGGAACUGCGACUAGCGAAGGCUUUCUAGGAGAUAAGUUUGUUUCGGGUUUAAACUUGGUGAAAAAGCGUCAGAGAUGCUUGUUUUAUUUGAAACCGCUGCUGGUUAUGCAAUAUUUAAAGUCCUCGAUGAGUCAAAGCUCCAAGAGGUGGACAGUUUAUGGAAGGAGUUCGAAACUCCGGAGAAGGCCAACAAAGUAGUGAAGUUGAAGCACUUUGAGAAAUUCCAGGACACAACAGAGGCCUUGGCAGCGGCCACGGCCAUGACGGAAGGGAAGAUGGGGAAGAGUCUGAAGAAGGUCCUAAAGAAAGUGGUGGCUAAAGAAGCUCAUGAACAGCUGGCCAUCAGCGACGCUAAGCUGGGGGGCGUCAUCAAGGAGAAGUUGAACCUGAGCUGUGUCCACAGCCCUGCGGUGGCAGAGCUGAUGAGAGGCAUCAGGACACAGAUGGAGUCCCUGAUCACUGGGCUGCCCCCCCGGGAGAUCAGCGCCAUGUCUCUGGGACUGGCUCACAGUUUGUCCCGCUACAAGCUGAAGUUCAGCCCUGACAAAGUGGAUACCAUGAUCGUUCAAGCUAUCUCUCUGCUGGAUGACCUGGACAAGGAGCUCAACAACUACAUCAUGCGCUGUAGGGAGUGGUACGGCUGGCACUUCCCUGAGGUGGGGAAGAUCAUCACUGACAACCUGGCCUACUGCAAGAGUGUUCGGAAGAUAGGCGCUCGUACCAACGUGGCAACCACCGACCUGUCUGAGCAUCUCCCCGAGGAGGUGGAGGCAGAGGUCAAACUGGCUGCAGAGAUCUCCAUGGGAACGGAGGUGUCAGAGGAGGACAUCGGCAACAUCAUGCACCUGUGUGACCAGGUGAUAGAGAUUACAGAGUACCGCACCCAACUGUACGACUAUCUGAAGAACAGGAUGAUGGCUAUCGCUCCCAACCUGACUGUCAUGGUGGGGGAACUGGUAGGGGCACGGCUCAUCUCACACGCUGGGUCCCUGUUGAACCUGGCCAAGCACCCGGCCUCCACAGUCCAGAUCCUGGGAGCAGAGAAGGCCCUGUUCAGAGCCCUGAAGACGCGCAGAGACACGCCCAAAUAUGGUCUCAUCUACCACGCCUCUCUGGUGGGACAGACCUCGGCCAAGAACAAGGGCAAGAUCUCCAGGAUGCUGGCAGCCAAAGCAUCUCUGGCGAUCCGCUACGAUGCCCUGGGAGAGGACACAAACGCUGAGAUGGGAGUUGAGAACCGUGCCAAGCUGGAGGCCAGACUACGCCACCUAGAGGAGAAGGGAAUCAGAAGAAUCAGUGGAACAGGCAAAGCCAUGGCGAAGUCUGACAAAUACCAACACAGGAGUGACGUGAAGGUGUACGACCCCUCCGGAGACUCCACCCUCCCCUCUGUUUCCAAGAAGAGGAAGUUUGAGGAGGUCGAGGAGGAAGAGGUGGCCACACCGGUGACAGUCAAAACCAAGAAACCCAAGAAAGAACCUGUGGAAGAACCAGAGGCUUCAACGGCAGCAGAAGAAACUCCCAAGAAGAAGAAAAAGAAGUCCAAGAAAGCAGAGGAGGAGGCGAUGGACGUAAAGGAAGAGGAAGAGGAGGCGACCGUCUCUCCCACAGAGGAAUCGUCAAAGAAGAAGAAGAAGAAGAAGAAAAAGGUGAAGGAGGAAGAGGGAGAUUAAUCUGGUUGGGGAGAAACUGUAGUAUAUUAGGACUUUUAGUUGUCGUUGUAUCUACCAGGACCAGACUGACUCGUGUAUCAGCCUGACUGUUUAAAGACUAGAGAACUGGAGACGGAGGUAAUUUCAGAAUGACCAGCAGCUGAUCUGUUAUGAGACUUGAUGAUGGUGUGUAAAUCCUCCUGUGGAUUUGAGUUUAAGAUGAACCUUUAGUUUACUGUAACCUCUUAUUACUAAUCAACUAAAGACCCAAUAGACUGUCUACAAUAUCAAUGUCCAUGUUAAAACACUUCAUUCCUCCACUGGUUUAACGAUGUACCUUUUUUUAAAGAUGGGUUUUUCUGCUGUCUUUGUCCAUAAGUGAUUAAAUCCAUUUUCUCAGCGGUA